CAUUUUAGGGUUUUAUUAUUUCUAAUUAGCUUAUGAUUCUCAUAAUAACUGCAGGCCCUGCUGGCCUCCUCUGGUGUGGAGUGGACCAACAGAGGAGGGGAGGAGGAGGAGGAGGAGGAGGAGGAGUGGACUCGGUAAAGGACAGAGUGUCACCAGCAGAGCUUCACGCUAUUAAAGGAGCACCCAUCAUGCCCGCCACCGUGCCCACUGUGGUGCCCAGACCUGCUGUCCGCCCGGGUGAGGCCUUCGUGGGCGAGGUGGAGGCGCUCCGUCGGGAGCUGCGGGAAGUGCGGAGGAGGCAGGAGGUGGCGGAGGACGAGGCUCUGAAGCUGCGCGCGCUGCUCUCCCAGAGGGAGGCUCAGCACGAGGAGGAGCGGAGGGCUGGGGAGCGGGCGCUAAAGGAGGCGCACGGGCGCUCCUGGCAGCUGGAGGAGGCUCUGCGGGAGGUGCAGCGCAGGAUGGCGGGCUCGGAGGCGCGCGUGCGCCAGAUGCAGGCCCACCUGAUGGCCGUGCGGGAGAACCUGGUCGAGGAGCUGCGGGCACAGCUGCAGGAGGCCAAGGUGCAGCGGGAGGAGGCGCAGGGGCAGGUGGCGCGCCUCCACGGGGAGCUGAGCCUGAGCCGGAGGCGUGGAGAGGAGCAGCGCGUCAGGGAGGAGCAGCUGGCCGAGGAGGUGCAGAGGAUGCGGCAGCACCUGGAGCGGGCCGAGCGGGAGAGGGACGAGGUGGACGCCAGGCUGGCACACGCAGAGGCCAGUCUGAAGGACAGGGAGCUGGACACCACCAAGAAGCUGCUGUCGGACGCCAUGGGCAGGCAGAUUGUCAAACUGCGGAAGGGCCAGGACAGCCUGGCAUACAGCGAAACACAGGUGGCCCAUUCGGAGAUGCUGCCUGCCGGUCAGAGACAGGAGAUGGCACAGAUCACCACCUCUGGGCAUGAGUUCGACAAGGAGCGCACAGAGACACAUUGUGCCAUCUCUCCUCAUUCUGCUCAUGAAGAUGGCACUGGGGCGAAAUACACCACCUCUCUAAAAGACACACGCGAGGAGGCUGGCAUGGCACAAAGCACCACUCCUACCCAUGCCACCCGGAGAGAAGCCACCGAGGUCCCAGGCAGCACGUCUCUGCCUCCGCUAGCGCUUCAGGGCACCCAGUCCUCAGCUGAGCCCCAGGACCCUGCGUCCAUCAGACCCCCUCCUCUGGACGAUUACAUCCCUCGUGAGGAGCACUCGGCCCUGACGAGCUCCCUGACCACCGUGCUGGAGCAGGCGGAGGCGCGGACGGAGGAGGCCCUGAGGCAGUACCAGGAGGCGCGGGAGGAGGCCGACGGCCUGCUGAGGGAGCUGCAGCAGCAGCGGGCCGAGCUGGACACCUUCCAGGAGGUGCUGAAGACUCGCUUCGUCCCGCUGGACACACUCGAGGAGAAGGAGAGGGAGCUCACCCAGCUCAGGGAGGUGCUGCAGGAGAAAGAGGAGACCACGCUGAAGGAGAAGGAGAAAGAGAAGGCUUUGAUCGAGGAGAAGGAGAGGGAGAUCGCCCAGCUCAGGGAGGUGCUGCAGAAGAAAGAGGAGACCACGCUGAAGGAGAAGGAGAAAGAGAAGGCUUUGAUCGAGGAGAAGGAGAGGGAGAUCGCCCAGCUCAGGGAGGUGCUGCAGGAGAAAGAGCAGACCACUAUGAAGGAGAAGGAAAAGGAGGUGACUGUGCUCAGUGAGCAGGAGAAGGAGCUCACCCAACUCCGGCUAACCUUGCAGGAGAAGGAGCAGGCUGCACAGGAAGGGAGAGAGAGGGAGCUCACUGUGCUCAGUGAGAAGGACAGGGAGCUGACACAGCUGAGACUUAGCCUGCAACAGAAAGAGCAGGCCAUGCUAGUGGAGGGUAAGGGGAGCAAGGCGGCUCUGGAGAAGAAAGAGAAGGAGCUGAGCCAACUGGGCUAACUUUACAAGAGAGGGAGCAGGCCAUGCAGGGGGAGAGGAGCGAGAACAAGGUGGCCCUGGAGGAGAAGGAGAGGAAGCUGACCGAGCUCAGAGUUGUCCUGCAGGAGAGGGAGAAGGCUGU